AUGCCAGGCCAGGGGUGAGUUUGCCCCUGAGUUUGUACCCUGUGCACGUCAGUGGAAGAUCCCUUGAACAGAUUGCCUUAAGCUGAGACGGGGGAGAUUUAUUUGGAUUCGAUAUUAGAAACAAAAUUUUUCACUGUUUGGGUGGUCAGGCUUUGGAAUAGGCUACGCAGGGAGGUGGUGGAGCACCAUUGAUGGAGGCUUCAGGGUGCGGCACUGCGUGGUGUGGCUUUUAGUGGUUGAGGGGUUACAGUGGCAGUGCUGGUUGGCCAUGAUGAUCUUAAAGUCUUUCUAACCAUGCCGAUUCUUUGAUUCCUCUAUUCUAACACCGGGCGACACGGCCACAGAAUGCAAUAUUUAAUAACAGCACUGCGCGAGGCCGCAGUCCGCCCCCCUCAGCAGCGGGUGCCCGCCCCAACAUGGCGGCGGCCCCUCAGCCCUCAGCGCCGGCCCCGCCCGUUCCCGCCCCAACAUGGCGGCGGCCCCUCAGCCCUCAGCGCCGGCCCCGCCCGUUCCCGCCCCAACAUGGCGGCGGCCCCUCAGCGCCGGCCCCGCCUCCCCCCGCACCCGCCAUGGCGGCGGCGGAAGCGGCGCUGAGGGGCGGAAGCGGCGGCCGGGCGGCGGGGCCGGGCGGGCGAUGAAGCUGCGGCGGGGCACGCUGCGGGCGGCCCUGGCGUUGGUGCUGCUGCCACUCCUCACGCCGGCCGGCGCCGUGGAGCCCAUCAGCGUGGGACUCGCCAUCGCGGGCGCCGCCGCCUCGGCCCUCACCGGCUUCAUCUCCUACCCGCGGCUCUACUGCUACUUCAGGGAGUGCUGCCUGCAGCGGCACGACCCGCGCGCCGCCGCCGCUCUGCGGGAGAACUUGGACAAGAAGCUGUUCGGGCAGCACUUGGUGAGCAAGGUGGUUGUAAAAGCCGUGAGAGGCUUCUUGAACAAUACCAACGCCAAAAAGCCUCUCGCGCUUUCCUUGCACGGCUGGACUGGAACGGGCAAAAACUUUGUCAGUAAGAUCGUCGCCGAAAGCAUUUAUAAAAGAGGUCUGCAGAGUAAAUAUGUCCAUCAGUUCGUGGCAACUUUACACUUUCCUCAUGCUCACAGCAUCAAUCUCUACAAGGACCAGCUGCAGUCGUGGAUUCGGGGAAACGUGAGCGCCUGUCCCCGCUCACUCUUCAUUUUUGAUGAAAUGGAUAAAAUGCACGCAGGGCUCAUUGACUCAAUCAAGCCCUUCCUGGACUACUAUGAGCUGCUGGAUGGGGUGUCCUACAGACAAGCCAUCUUCAUCUUCCUCAGCAAUGCAGGAGCUGAAAAGAUAACAGAGGUAGCACUAGAUUUCUGGAGAAAUGGGAGGAGAAGGGAAGAUAUCCAGCUCACAGAUAUCCAAAAUGCACUCUCUGUGUCUGUCUUCAACAACAAAAAUAGUGGAUUUUGGCACAGCACCUUGAUUGACAGAAACCUCAUUGACUACUUCAUUCCUUUCCUGCCUCUGGAAUACAAACAUGUGAAGAUGUGUGUCAGGGUUGAGAUUGAGUCUCGUGGCUACGCUGUGGAUGAAGACAUUGUGAGCAGGAUAGCUGAUGAGAUGACCUACUUCCCCAGAGAGGAGAGAAUCUAUUCAGAUAAAGGAUGUAAAACUGUGGAUGCAAAGCUGGAUUAUUAUUAUGACUUCUAAUGCUUUAUUGCUACGACCUGCAAAGAAGCAAAUUUAACUUAAUCACAAAGUGGGGGACCUGAGACAUUUCAUUUUUAAGUACUUUUUAAAGAAAGGAACACUAUUUUUUAACUGGUGUGUAAAUAAGCAGCAGUGCCUCUGCAUUUUUGUCAGAAUCACAGCUCCAGAGUGCUUCAGCCCUGUGCUCUGAAGGUAAGAAGGAACUGCUUUGGGAAUUCCUGGAUCUGGCAGGGCUCAAGACUCUUGAAUCAUGUGGUGAUCAUCGGAACCCUCUGGCAGAUUCUUGACAGGUAUAGAAGGACUGAGACUAUAACCUGAUUUUAAUUUGAUUUUGCUCUGAUGUGGAUGAUCUCUAGACAAUAUUGAGAAUUUUAAUCAAAGUUCCUGUGUCUCUGAAAGCCUUCAUUGGUCCUGUGUGGGAAUAUGCAUUAAAAAUAGAACAUGUGUCUUUUUGCCUUCAACAGCUUGGGCCCAGUAAAGAUAAGGGGGGAUUCUGGAAUUUAAAAAUCUGGGCAUACAGUGCCAUUGUCUUUUUCAAAACUGAUGUAUAAUUUAGCCUCCUAUGUGUCAAACCAAGAGUAUAAAACUCUAUGU